AUGCAAUUCAAUCAAGUACCAUUGACUCCUGCAGCUUCAACAGUUGUAAAAGAUCAAGCGACACGUAGGUUUGGAAUUUUUUUUCUAAGUGCAUUAGCAGUAAUUACAAUAGGAGUUGGUGUUGGUAUUGGAGUUGGAAAUCUUGCUCAUUAUAAGUAUUUUCCACCAAAUAAUCAGACAAAUGUUGAUUAUACGUAUCUCAACAAUAUAACACUUCGUCGAAUUUCUACUAAUACAACUGGUCGUACAUCGUAUAUAUUUAAUGAAGGUCUCAAAAAGAGAGCAAUCACUGCGAAAAACUCGUGA